CAAUAUUGUAUAAAACGUCAACAAAGUUUUGAGGUUAGGCGUCGCAUCAUUUUGGUUUUCAUUGUUUUUUUUAGUAGAUUAUGUAGUGUUAGCGAUAUAAAAUGAGUUCACCGACCAAAGAAACCGAGGAGCCGUCUUCGAGCCAAGCGGCGCCUGAAAAUGCUGCGGAUGACAUUGGCGACGCGGACGCUGCGGAGCAAAGGCCGCCUGCCAAGCGGCCAAUAACUAAUACUGUUAUCGAGAUAUCCGAUACAGACAGCGACGACUCGGACGUGUGUGCCGUCAACUCGUACCAGGCCUCCGCGGACGAGGUGAAGAGGAUCCGAAGAGAGUAUUCCUCUACAUCAUCAUCAUCAGACUACAGUUCAGACUCAGAGUCUCCCUGGGAGGAUGACUCCGUAGUGAUAGAAGACAAAGUAACAGGGAAGGCAGUGAGGGCACAGCUUAACCCCAGAGCAAAUAGGAUGGAUGAUCCAAAGUUAAAUAAUAAUUUGAAGUCACAAGAAGUAAUAGAAAGAGUAAAAGGUUACUGGGAAGAAGAGAAAGACCACAUAUGUGAUGAAGUCACGCUCACGUGUCAGCCUUUCCGUCUGUGUCGACUGCACGACUUGCUGGAGAAUUCAGAAAUCAUCAACAACAUAGUGGAUGACAUGAACACUUUAGACUGGUCGCGGAAGAAAAUGGAUCUGUAUGAGUUCCAUCAGACAACGGAUUUAGCUAAUUUGACAUGGCAGCGUAGUAUUAGGGGAAUAUAUGAAUUAUUGAAGACUGAAGUUAUGAGUUUGGUGUCACAAGUGACGGGGCUGGAGCUGACGUCGGUGUCGGCGUCGUGUUCGCUGUACGGGCCGGGAGACCACCUGCUGGUGCACGACGACCGCCUCGGCGACCGCCGCGUCGCCUUCAUCCUGUACCUGGCGCCGUGGACGCCGCGCGCGCCGGCGCCGCCGCCGCUGUUGCACAACGGCGCCGGGGACGUGCCACAUAAGGACGAAGACGAGGUCCGGGAGACGACAGGUAGCGGGUGGUCGCCCAACAUGGGCGGCGCGCUGGAGCUGUUCGAGUGCGACGCGGAGGGCUGCCCCACGCAAGUGACGCUGCGGGCCUACCCCGCCAACAACACGUUGGCGUUCUUCACCGUCGGACCCACCUCUUUCCAUCAGGUGGGCGAAGUCCUAAGUUUAGAGCUGCCGCGGCUGUCCAUCAACGGCUGGUUCCACGGGCCCGCGCCGCAGCCCGCGUCGCACGAGGCCGCCCCGCCGACGUCUCUGCAGCCGCACAAUCAAGUGGUGUUACUGAACCAGUGGGUGGAAGCGACGUACCUGAGCCCUCGGGUGCGCGCGCAGGUGCAGGCGCAAAUGGAGCGCGCGAGCGAGGUGUGUCUGCGGGACGUGUUGCUGCCCGCGCGCACCGCGCAGCUGCUGCAGGCCUUGGAGGAACCUGAAGUGAUAUGGGAGCGCUGCGGGCCCGCGCAACAACGGCGCUACGAGCGCGUAUCGCCGGCAUGGAUCUCGGAGGGGAGCGAGGUGGAGGGCGCGGUGGCGGGCGAGGCGAGUGACGACGAGCAGCCGGUGCGCGGGCUGGUGCGCGUGUUCAGCAGCACGGCCUUCCUGCGGCUGCUGGCGGACUGCACCGACCUGCCGCUGGCGGCGUACCGGCGCCUCGAGGUGCAGCGGUGGCACGCCGGGGACUUCACCCUGCUACCCCCGCGGGAGCACUACCAGCAGCCGCGGCUGGAAGCCGUGCUGUACCUCGGCGUGCCGGAGCACCCCAUCUGCGGGGGGCAGACCAUGUACGUGGCGCCCGAGGAGGGCGAGGGCGCGGGCGACGCGGAGGGCGCGCUGGUCACGCUGCCGCCCGCGCACAACGCGCUCAACCUCGUGUACUGCGACGCGGGCGCCGCCGCCUUCACCAAGUACCUCAGCAAGAUGACCAUGACGCCGCGGGAGCACUUCUACAUCGUCACCUGCACCUACACCGAGUGAACGCUGACACUCACUGUGAAUGUGACCAAACACUACAGCCCCGCAGUGGCCUUCCCCACUUUGUAAAAACAAUUGCGCUUAUGUUCCUGACGGCGAUGACAGAUAGAUUAUUUGACGACGGAACUCCUCAACGGUCAAUGUCCGCCACGAAAUUUUGUACACGCGUUCAAUGCAGUUAGCUAAACAUGAUUCCUUUAGUCAGGAUGGUUUUCUCAUCAGGGAACACACUGACAAAUACAUUUACCUCCUGAUGAUGCGUUGGUUUGGAGUUUAUACAAAACUAUGGAUUACUUUAAAUUUUUUCUUAUUAAAGCAUUUUAAUAAGAGCUUCCCGGGAUCAAACCUUCGACCUCUCGAAUGGAAGUCCGAAGUGUUAACCACUAGGUUAUCCCUACCCUGCACCCAUGGAGUCAUGCAAGUACCCAUUUUUCAACUUUACCCUAUGGUAAUAACUUUGCCUUUCAUAGUUUGUAUUUGUAAAUGUAAUUAAAUAAUAAAGUUAAGUGAUUGUUUCGCAAAAGACGAUUAAACCCGGAUUACGAGUAACUAUGAGAAUUGAAGGAGUUUAAGGAGAACUGUACAUAGUUAUUAUUAACUGUAUGUUGAUUUCAUACAUCUCCAAGAUAUUGUUUUAUUUUUAAGAAAUGGAUUAGUUAAAUUUUAUUACAGUAAGUGAUAAAGCUGGCAAAACUGUCGAUGAUAUAUUAUUCGCUUAGAAGUUUCCAAUUAAGUAACAGAGAUAAUUUACAAUUUAAAAAAAUUAUGAUUUUACCAAAUUUUUGUAAGAGUGAAAGUGAUUGCGGUGUUUGAAGAUAUUUCUAGUAUUAGUGAAUGAUUUAACGUGAUUUUGUUUUAAUUAAUUAAUUGAAAAUUUCUAAGUGAUCAGACAAUAACGCGUACGAAUUAAAUGGAAAUGGGCCAAAUCACAAACAAAAAAAAAAAAAAUCCGGCGCAAAUAAAUUGUCUCGUCAUUUAGAGCAAAAAUAAUAAUAGCGAUACGCGAAUGGUUUUAUUGACCCUUGGAAAACUAUUUUUGAUGGUUAUUUUGAAUCCACCAUCUCGGAAAACCGGAAAGUGCAGAUUUUUCUUGACAGACAGACAACGAAGUGAUCCUAUAAGGGUUCCUUUUUGCCUUUUGAGGUACCCUAAAAAUAUGUUAGCCACUAAAAUCAAAGAAAGUAAUAAUUUCGAUAAUUAAAAUUAUUUUUACUGUGAUAAUUGUGAGAUACUUUUAUUUUGCGCCAGGGCUAGUUUUUUUUUGCAUGGGAUUUGGUAAAUCUCCUUUGUUUUUGACAUCCUAGUGUGAGCUCAUUUACACGCUUUAGUGGAAGGGAAGGAGAAUAUCAAUAAUGUCUGAAUGGCAUGGCUAAUAUUGCACCUAAGACAAACAAUGCAAAACAAAGUAGUUAUUUAGAGUUAAACCUAUUUUUUAUUUAUUGAUUUCGAAUACACUAACGUAAUAUAGUUGUUUGAAGA